UCUGGGCUGAAUCCUCUGGAUCGUCUGGAAGUUGAUGCGUAUUUAUCACGACAAUAUCUGAGCCAACUAGAAAAACAGUUUCCAUGGGUGCCAAUUGGAAAUCCACGAGUCCUAGGGGCACUUUGGCCCGUUUGAGGCCGCUGAGCCGUGGGCCAAGCCCGUAAAGUGCCUCGCCCGUCGGGUCAUCCUCCUCAUCCUCGCCAUCUUCGUCGUCAGCCGUCUGGUCCGCGUGGGCCCACCCAGAUUCGUCGGACUUCGGGCCUCGAGCUUCUGUGGGUGAUCGCUGGACCUUGUGUGCAAGGGUGUGCGCGUGUUUGCGGGUGGGACGUGGGGGAUUGUUUGAAUGUCCCCGUGUACCGCCCAUUGCCGCCGUUACCGCCGUCGCUCAUCCUCGCGUGACCGGAACCGGAUUGGACCCGCCUUCGAGCUUGAUCUCGGACACUCCGUGGACUCCGUGCUGGGCCCGGUUAGAGCUAACCGCGGUCCGCCCGCCCUGAUGUGUUUGAGCGCCAGUACGCCGGCUUGGCAGCGGGUCCGGCAUUGGUCGGCCCCGGACUCCUUGACGGCCUGGACCAGUCAGCACUCGCCACUUUUGAGUGUCACGGAUGAGCCGGGCAGUCACCUUUGGUCGGCGGGGCCCCUGGAGCCGCCCGGGUCCAAAAUGGAAGUGGAAAUGGGGGGUUGGCGGGGUUCGCUGCCCAGCUUGUGCACCCCCACCCCACUUCUGUGUUUGGCCCAUCCCUUAGUGCAACGUCAUGGACCUUCCCAUCAACGGGGGGCCGGCACUUGGACUCAAGUGUCACAUUCUCGCCGAUUGCGCCAGGAUCGGCUGGCCGAACCGCCGACCCCGCAGCCUGACCGGAAACCGGCCACCUCGGCCCCCACUCGGCCCCCCUUUGUACCUGUUGAGGCCGUGACUGAACCCUCAACGCGCCUAAGUGCGGACGCAAGCUGGUGGUCCGACCGAAAGUUCGCCUAUAAUCCGGGUUCUCGGCCGCCGGAAUCGGUGCCGCCUAGACCUCGAUCGGAGAAAUGCCGUGUUCUCUCCGCCGGUCGGGGUGAAAUAGACGGGAUGUGUUCCAUAAUGACUGAUUCGAUGGCGCCCGCCUUGACUUUAGGAGUCGUCCCUUUUCCGCCCCCGCGUCCACCCGGUCCGCUAGCGCUAAGUGACCGUGUGAUACCCCGGACUCGACCCGUGCCCGUGAAAGUGCUCAGCCAGGAAUGCAUGUUCUCGCGGAGAAUUGACAAAUGGUCACCUGGCCGACUCUUCUCCGCCUCGCCAGUCUUCUAUUUGUGUGUGGCAUUGUGGCUGUCUACGAUAAUUACACCAGCUUGUGCCAAAAUCUGCCCUAGCCUCAAGAUUCAAACGAAUUUCAAAGAUCUUCGUGGUUGCACCGUCAUUGAAGGUAGUCUGGUCAUCAUGAGUGGUUUUGAAACAAUGAACCUCGGACCGGACGAUUACCUUCGCAAGAAUCUCUCCUUCCCCGAGCUUAGAGAAAUCACCGAUUAUUUGUUGGUGUUCAAAGCCGGGCGGGUACUCUCCUUUUCAACAUUAUUUCCCAAUCUAGCCGUGAUCCGCGGCAACAAGCUCCUAGGGAAUUGGGCGUUAAUUAUUUUCCAAAAUGAGAAUUUGGCAGAGAUCGGCCUACUAAGCCUAACCUCAAUUCUCCAUGGCGGUGUCAAGAUCAUAGAGAAUCCAAGCCUCUGUUAUGUCAAUACCGUCGAUUGGAAGAAGAUUGUUAAUGUGGAUUACUUGCCUCAUAUUAAUAUAGAGGAAAACCGAGAAUAUCUUUAUUGUCCGGCUCAGUGUCCUUCAGUGUGUCCCCAAAGUGAAGACAGUAAGUCAUUUCUUUGCUGGACGGAGCAAGAUUGUCAACGCGUGGCCAUUCCUUGCCCCGCUUCGGGUGCGGGGCAAUCGUAUUCGUGCUACUCGGAUAAUAAUGGGCUGCAAAAUAUCUGCAAUCAGGAGUGCUUGGGCGGAUGCAAUCCUCAUGACAGUACGGAUUGCUGGGCUUGUAGGAAUGUCCGAUGGGAAUCCAGCGAGGGCAAGAAAUGCAAUAAUGUGUGUCCUCACCCUUUGCUUGUGUAUAAGGAUUGGAUCUGCAUCAAUGAAACGGAUUGUAGCGAGAAAAAGACCUUCAACAACGUUGGGGACGAUUUCAAAGAGGGGCGCCCCCUCAAGUCGUAUGAUAACAAAUGUAUAGAGGAAUGUCCCAGAGAUACCAAGGAGAAAACCAGAGCUGAUGGCAUUGAAACGUGUGUCCAGUGUUUUGAUUGUCCCAAACCGUGUGGCGGGGGAACAAUUACCAGUUUGGAGGAUCUCAAAAGCUUCGAGGACUGUACCCAUGUUCGAGGCGAUCUUACCAUUCAGAUCUCUGGCUCUAACGUGGUUCAACAUUUGGAGAAAACAUUGGGUCGAGUCGUUGAGAUUCGAGGGUUCCUCAAGAUUUCUCGAGUCUAUUCCCUGAACUCAUUAGAUUUCUUCAAGAGUCUAAAAUACAUCGAAGGUAUUCCUUCGAAUAGCGAGCAAAAUCUUUAUUUCACAUUGGUUCUCCGGCAAAACGAGAACUUGCGCAAGCUGUUUCCGCUGGGACCCAACAAUGAAACUGUCACGAUUCGUUACCAUCCACAAGAGGGCUCCUCACCAAGAGAAGGUAAUGCACUGAUCCAUUACAAUCCGAGGUUGUGCCCAAGCGAGAUCAAGAAACUGAUCAAAGCCUCCAAGCUGAAUCCGAACCAAAAGCCCGAAGAGAUUUCCUAUACCAACAAUGGAGAUAAGGCCUUGUGCAGUCCGGAUAAGUUGAAGUUCACUGUAGACAAGAACGGAAUGCUACUCAUUUUAACGUUUAGUAACUAUCAGAAGAUGAUCUAUGAAAAGGACCCCAAAGCCGAUGUCCGAGGCUUGCUCGGUUAUGAAAUUCAUUACCGAGAGAUCUCAAAGGCCACCUUCGAAAAUCGCAAUCAAACCAAGUAUGGAGGACGAGACGCAUGCGGCAGUGAUGGUUGGACAGUUCAAGAUCAUACCCCCGAGGGAUCUGCUGUGAAACAGGGUGACCUGACUUGGCCGGAUGAAACAACCUUUUUCGUAGUCAAGCCCUACACUUAUUAUGCAAUCUUCGUCACAACUCUUCUCCUGAAGGAGUAUGACGGCACCCAAGGCAUAAAUGGUGCUCAAUCCGAUAUGGUGUACGUUUUGUCAGACGAAGGCUAUCCUGAUCCGCCUCGUUCAAUUGAAUUUGUCAAGUCCAACUACUCGACCUUGAACAUCACUUGGCACCCUCCGGCUGCGCCUAAUGGAAUUAUUGAUCACUAUGAACUCGUUUUGGAAUUGAAGGAGACUGAUUUGAAUAAGCUAAGUGAGAGAGAUUACUGCCAUUCACCGUCCUAUCGUCCCCCACCAGACACCGUGGAUGUGAAGACAAACAAGAAAAAGAGCAACAAUCCUUCUAUGAUGACCCAAGGGACGCUAAACACUUUGCUUAAUGGCGGCCGACCUGGCCAAGCUGACACUUGUGAUUGCCGAUCUUGUCCGGGUUUCGUAGAGGGGAUGGCUAAUAACAAUGAUGGUGAAGAUCUCUCCAUUGGAACCAGAAUGGAGAAAGACAAUUUUUUGAAUCUGGUCGUGAACAGAGUAUUCGAAUCUCCUGCGGAAGAGGGAAGUCGCCGAAAGCGAUCACAAUUCUCGGGCAAAGACGACAUGGAAAUUUCCCCCGACUCGAAUGAAAUUAGCAAAACGAGCCCCAUGAAGCCGCUAAACAGUAUGAAUGAAGAGGUGGUAUUUGACGGAAUAGUGCGUACUCCCGUGACGACCAAGAGUGGAAACGUGGCAACCCGUCCCAAUAACACUGUCGUGCGGGAUGCGGAAGGAAACAUCGACUACUACGUCACGUUUAGUGCCAAAGUGAACGGUUCUCAGCAUCAUCUGCUCGUGACGAAGCUCAAGCAUUUUGGGUCGUACUCGUUUAAGAUCCGUGCUUGUCACGCCCCCAAGGAAAUGAAAGAAAUGAUAGGAAUGCAGAAAUGGUGUAGUGGAACUGUGCUGACGAAUGCGCGGGUGGCAGCCAAACCCAUGGCUGAUGACAUCCCCGGAACGUUAAGGGUCCUGUCCCACAACGAGUCGGACACUGCCAUCAUCUCGUGGAACCCACCUAAGGACCCAAAUGAUGUGAUUGUGAAGUACAACGUGCGAUAUAAAUCCAAGGAGGAUUCGAAAGAUUCGACGACGUCGUGCGUUCUGGCGCAUAAAAUCCGGGAUUUGAAUUACAUCUAUGAAAUGCCCGUCGUGGGCAGCUACUAUGUGAGUGUGCAAGCGGUUUCCUUGUAUGGACCUGGAAAUUGGACCGAUUUUGAAUGGGUGGUGGGCCCGAAUCAGGGUGGACCAAGUGCGCUGACCAUUGUGCUGGUCUGCGUUCUGAUAUUGGUGUUUCUGGGCGUAGGGUUCGGUGUUACUUUUAAAAUCAUGAUCAAGAAGAAUGCUGAGCCCACAUUCUCAGGCAACCCCUCGUACCUAGAAAUGCAAUAUGUUGCGGAUGAUUGGGAAGUGAAUCGAAACUUGAUCACCGUUGGCGAUGAGCUCGGGAAAGGUGCUUUCGCCACCGUCUACAAAGGCGUGUAUAAGGACCCGAAAAAAGGCGUUCUCGAUGUGGCCAUGAAAACGCCGAAGGAGAGUGCUACCCACAACGAGUGUAUGCUCUUCUUGAACGAAGCUCAUAUGAUGAAGCCCAUCGUUACGCCUCACAUUGUUCGCCUGAUUGGGGUUGUCUCCGUUAACACGCCCUACUGGGUCAUUUUAGAGUUUAUGGCCUUGGGUGAUCUUAAAUCGUACCUGAAAACAAUGCGACCAGGCUCUGAAUACAAUGUGGAUGGUCGGCCCCCACCCACUGCCAGGGAGGUGAAACAAAUGGCAUUAGAAAUUGCCGAUGGCAUGGCCUACCUCGCAAACCGACUCAAGAGUGUCGUUCAUAGAGAUCUCGCGGCUCGAAACUGUCUCGUGUCCAAAGACAAAGUGGUCAAAAUCGCCGACUUUGGAAUGGCGCGCGAAAUCUACUCAAUUUACACCAAACAUGACAAGGGAAUGAUGCCCAUUCGAUGGAUGCCACCCGAGUCCUUGCGCGGAGAAGCCACUAUUGCCUCAGAUGUUUGGUCAUUUGGCGUUGUCUUGUGGGAAAUGGUGACCCUGGCUGAUCAACCCUAUCGUGGCAUGUCCAACAAUGAAGUCAUGGAUCAUGUGAUGAGAGGCGGCAUUUUAGAUCGGCCAGAAGACUGUCCGGAUGAUCUCUUUGAUCUCAUGAAUCGUUGUUGGCAGACGUGGCAAUCUCGGAGGCCCUCAUUUUUGGACAUUUGUCACGAAUUACUGCCCGUCUCUAAUGAGCGUUUCAAGAAUGAGUCAUACUUCACCUCGACCGAAGGCCAACAGGCGUAUCGAACUCAGGAAGAGAAUCGUCGCAUUGCCGCUGAAGAAGCCGAAGCCACGGCAGCCCUCGAGAAUACUCCUUGUCUCACUGGCAACGGGAAUAGCAACAGUCACAGUGGGAAUGGUGAGUUAUACUCGGCCACGGGCGGUAGUCAAUCCGGCCCCGGACAAAUGGACUCCAACGGCAAGGUCACUUUUGUGUCCGGUUCCACGCCCAAUGACUCCCGAGGUUUCGCACGUCAGAGUUCCACGCCGAACAAUAUCAGCUUGUUCAACCUGUCAACCAAUAAUGCCACCACUCCGAAUCAAAGAUUCAUCAAGUGGUCAAAUCCCAUUCUAAAACGAUACAGGAACAAAUCUGGAUCUACCUCUGGCGAAGCUUAAAUUCAGAAGAGCCAGCCCAUCCAAACCAACCAACCAACCAACCAACCAACCACAACCCUCCCAGAACGAACCUGAGGAAGGAAUCAUAGAUAUGAACUGAUAUAAUACCGAAAAUACUGCUGUUAUCUGUGAUAUUUAAUGUUAAGUCUGAUACAUUUUCUAAUGAACACGCUA